AUAUGACAGCUGAUGACAGCUAGGAAUUUGUAAUUUUACGAUGUUGAUUUUGAUUUAUUUGAUAACAAAAUUAAGUUUCAGCGACAAGAAUUGAUAAGGCAGUGUAUCUGUUCCAACGUUGGCAUCAAGUCAUAUUGUUCGGCACUUCUUUUUAUCAGGAUGCUGCAGAAACUAACCGGCCCUAGUUUGAGAGUGGCGAGGGUGUAUCUAACGUCAAGCGCGUCGUUACACGUGAGGAUGAUGUCGACGGCCGCUGAAAAGGGAUCCAACUUCUUUUUUAGGCAGCUUUUCGAUACAGUCAGCAGCACCUACACUUACCUGCUGGCGGACCAGACUGCCAGAGAGGCGGUGCUCAUCGACCCGGUGCUGGAACAUGCAGAGAGGGACGCCACUCUUCUUCAACAGCUGGGGUUCAAGCUGCUGUUUGCCAUGAACACCCACAUGCACGCAGACCACGUAACCGGCACGGGCAAGCUCAAGUCCCUAUUACCAGGCACUAAGAGCGUGAUUGGCCAGGCGUCUGGCGCUCAAGCUGAUAUCCACUUGGUAGACGGCGACCUGGUGAAGUUUGGAGACUAUGAGCUCUUGGCAACCGCUACUCCUGGACACACUAAUGGCUGCUUGACUUAUAUUUGUCAUGAUCAGGGCAUAGCGUUCACAGGCGACACGCUCCUAAUCAGAGGCUGUGGGCGGACAGAUUUCCAGGAGGGCUCCUCUGAAGGCCUGUACAACUCUGUCCACCAGAAGAUAUUCACCCUGCCCGACCAUUACACCCUGUAUCCUGCCCACGAUUACAGGGGACAGACGGCCACCACGGUGGGAGAGGAGAAGAAAUACAAUCCGAGGUUGACAAAGUCGUUGGAGGAGUUCAUAAACAUCAUGGACACUUUGAAUCUGCCGUACCCGAAGAUGAUUGAUAAGGCAAUCCCCGCGAACAAAGUAUGUGGGCUGUAUGAAGUAAAAAAUGACUAAUUAGAAUUAUUAUGUACAUAUAAUUAUCUAGAAAUGAACAACUUAUAAUUUUAAUUACAUAUGUGAUUAAGAUGUAGAUCAUUUUAAUGGUACAUUGAUAGAUGCAUCUGUGAUAAACAAUAUGUUAUGUAAAUAGAUGUUGCAGUAUCAUGUAUAUUUUGUAAAUAAUCAAUUUAAAUAAUUUUAGUAAUGAUUUUAUGUAUUUUUGUAAGGGCAGAAGUGUGAAGAGACGUUUAGAUUAAAACUAUAGGACUGUGACUGACAGUCACGUAUUGUUUCAAAAUAUCAUAAAUUAUUAAAAAUACGUUCGUCUUUGAAAUCCUACACAUUUAUGUUAUUCAGGUGUAUAAGCUGUAGCUUGAAAGAGUAAUAGACGCAAUGAGGGUUUU